AGGGAGAAGAGCAACCUGGCCCACAGCCUGCAGGUGGCCCAGCAGCAGGCCGAGGAGCUGCGGCAGGAGCGGGAGAAGCUGCAGGCUGCCCAGGAGGAGCUGUGGCACCAGCGGGACCGGCUGGAGGGAGGGCAGGAAGAUGUGGAGAAGAAUGGCGUGCGGGUGCGCCGGGAGCUUGAGCACAGCCAUAGACAACUAGAGCAGCUGGAAGGGAAGUGCUCAGUCCUGGCCAAGGAACUGGUGGAGGUGAGGGAGGUGCUGAGCCGCGCCACACUGCAGCGGGACAUGCUGCAGGCCGAGAAGGCCGAGGUGGCCGAGGCGCUGACCAAGGUGGCUGAGGGCAGAGGAGGCCUCCCUGCAGGACUCCCUGUCCAAGCUGAGCGCCCUCAACGAGAGCCUUGCUCAGGACAAGUUGGAUCUGAACCGCCUUGUCGCCCAGGUACACUCUGGAAGAACAAAGGGCCGCCCUGCAGGGCCGGCAGCGGCAGGUGGAGCAGGAGGCCACAGUGGCUCGGGAAGAGCAGGAGCGGCUGGAGGAGCUGUGGUUGGAGCAGGAGGUGGCGCGGCAGGGCCUGGAGGGCUCCCUGUGAGUGGCAGAGCAGACCCAGGAGGCGCUGGAGCAACACCUCCCCACGCUGAGCCAUGAGCUCAGCUGGCUGCAGGAGCAGCUAG